AUGAUGCCCCAGGGGCCAGUGCCCUGGGCCUACUGUUCUCUGUUCAGCCUGCUCCUGCUGGUCUGCUGUCUGCUGUUCCCAGGUACCCAGGGGCAGGCAUCGCCACUGCGCUUAGAGCCUCAGGACCCAGUGGUGCCCACUGGAGGGUCGCUCUUGGUGAACUGCAGUGCCGACUGCCCCAAUCCCAAGGGCAUCUUCCUGGAGACAGACCUGUUCAAGAAGCUGGUGGAUAAUGGCCCAAGCUGGUCAGCCUUCUUGCUCAGCAACGUGACUAGCGACAGCGAUGUUAUCUGUGUCGGGCUCUGCAACAACUCCCAGAUAACAAGCUCCACCAACAUCACCGUGUACCGGCUCCCUAAACGCGUGGAGCUGGUGCCGCUGCCUCCCUGGCAGCCGGUGGGCAAGAACCUCACCCUGCGCUGCCAGGUGGUGGGCGGAGCGCCCCGGGACCACCUCACGCUGGUGCUGCUCCGCGGGGAGGAGGAGCUGAGCCGGCAGCCCGCGCUGGGGGAGCCCGCGGAGGUCACGGUCACAGUGCUUGCGCGCAGGGAGGACCACGGCGCCAACUUCUCCUGCCGCACGGAACUGGACCUGCAGCGCCAAGGGCUGGGACUAUUCGAGAACAGCUCGACCUCCAGGCAGCUCCGAACCUUUGCCCUGCCAAUGACCCACCCGCUUCUCGACGCCUCCAGGAUCUGGGAGGUGGGCAAAGAGUCGAACGUGUCCUGCUCCUUGCAAGGAGUGUUCCCAGUCUCGGAGGCCCAGGUCCACAUGGCGCUGGGGGACCAGGCGCUGAAUCCCGCAGUCGUAAACCACGGGGACAUGCUCAAGGCCACAGCCACAGUCGUAGUGCGCGCAGACCAGGAGGGCGCCCAAAUUGUCUGCAACGUGACCCUGGGGGGCGAGAGCCGUGAGACUCGGGAGAACGUGACAGUCCACAGUUUCCCGGAGCCCAUCCUGUACUUGAGCAAGGCCACCGCUCCCGAGGGUACCAUGGUAACUGUAACUUGCAUGGCGGAGACUCGAGUUAAAGUUAGUCUAGAUGGAGCUCCAAUCACAGCCCCUGGGCAGCCCGCCCAGCUUCAGUUGAACGCCACCGAGAGCGACGAUGGCCGCAACUUCUCCUGCAAGGCCUGGCUUGAGGUGGGCGGCAAAAUCCUGCACAAGAACAUAAGCGUCCAGCUUCGUGUCCUGUAUGGUCCCAAGAUUGACCAGGCCCAGUGCCCUCAGCGCUUGACAUGGAAAGAUAAGAGUUACCAAGUCCUUCGGUGCCAGGCCCGGGGCAACCCGGUUCCCAAGCUGCAGUGUUUGAAGGAAGUCUCCAGGGUUGAGGUGCCCAUCGGGAUACCAUUCCUCGUUAAGUUAAAACAUAAUGGCACCUACCACUGUCAGGCUGUUAGCCCGCGUGGCAAGACUACCAUGGUAGUGGUAAUAGGAGUUCAGGAUCGGAACGCCUCCUCUGUCACCAUCUGCAUUGCUGUAUUAGUGGUCUUGGGCCUGGUAACUGUCGCAGUGGCCCUACUGUACGUCUUCAGGAUGCAGAAGCGGAGCGGCACCUACCCUUUGAAGCAUGGGAGCACCUCGCUGCCCCUCACGUCUAGACAGCCCGAUGGGCUGGCGGGGGAGGAGCCGUCCUGA